AUGGAAACUCCCACUGAUACUGUCAAAGAAGCGAAGAGACAUACGCAUACCUACAGCUUUUUCCGGGAGCCGUUGACCUCCUUAGAGGGUUUGAGUUCGUUAAUGACCGCUUUUUGUCUGAAGAGUUUCACAGAUAACUAUGGGAAUAUUCUGACCUUGUUGGAGAUCGUGGUUGACACGCCUGCUUUGCAAACUUUGAUACAAUUAUAUGAUCCUGAAAUGAGGUGUUUCACGUUCCAGGAUUACCAGUUGGCUCCCACGUUGGAAGAGUACUCAAUUAUUCUUAAUCUCAAGAUAAAAGACGAAGUGCCGUUCAUCGAUAUCCCUAAGGAAGUGAACUUCAAGUCAAUCGUUGCUGCUCUUUAUUUGAGAAUAAAAGAAGUAUCUGAUAAUUGGAAGUCGAGUGGAGUCUCGGGGUUCACUCUGAAAUUCUUGGUAAGAAAAGCUAAAGAGGAAUUUGGGAAAGAGAAUUGGAACGCGUACAAUGCAUUGCUCGCUGUGGCUAUUUAUGGGAUUGUGAUGUUCCCGAAUGUUCCCAAUUUUGUGGACUCGGCCGCGAUACACAUUUGCAUGGGAAAGAAUCCCAUUCCGACAUUGUUGGUCGAUACUUAUUAUGCCAUUCAUUCCCGAUACGAGAAAGGUGGUGUUUCUAUCACUUGUUGCCUUCAGUUGUUGUUCAUCUGA